UAGAGGGUUAGAGAGAGAGAGAGGUAGAGGGUUAGAGAGAUGCAGCACAAUGUGUGAGUGUAGAGUGUCAGUUAGAGACUAACAUUAAAGGUGUAACGUGUUUUCGAGAGAGCCUCAGCUGGUGUGUGUGUGUUUGUGUUAGAGGCAUAACCAGAAAUUUGAUGUUAGACACUGGACACACACGUGUGUAACAGAGGCAGACCAGUAUAGUGUAUGAUCACUACAAGCAGCACACAUGCAGUGAUUGAUAGAUAGAUAGAUAGAUAGAGAGAGAGAGAGAGAGAUACACACACACACACACAGUCAAACACUGUGUUACAGUGCAGACAAACUCUCAGAUUGCUUGUGUAGAGAGAGGAGUACAGACUGUCCUGCCCUGGUAGUGUAACAUGGCUGUCCCAGUAGCUCAGCCUCAUCACAUUUUUGGGCUUCAUGCCUCUGUCACAAAUAACAUUAUUUAUUUGGACGAACAAACAAUAAUCUACCCUGCUGGGAACACCUGCAUACGUUACAACAUCGACCAGAAAUGGCAGAAAUUCAUCCCAGGAACUGAAAGAAGCCAUGGAAUGCAAGCCCUUGCCAUAAGUCCAAAUCGACGAUAUUUGGCCAUUUCCGAAAAAGGUGAAAGGGCCACAAUCACAAUCUAUGAUUUGCAGCCUGAUCAAAGCAGAAAAAGAAAGGUCCUCAGCAUGAACGAACUUCAGGCACAGGAGUUUGUCAGUCUGGCCUUCUCACCAGACUCCAAAUAUAUAAUUGCGGAGUCUGGAGAUCCUGAUUGGAAUCUGGUCUACUGGAUGUGGAAGAAACAAAAAUUAAUGUGCGUUAUCAAGACUACUAUCCAGAGUAACCCUGUUUAUCAGGUCUCUUUUAACCCCCAUGAUGGCACACAGAUCUGCGUGAUUGGGGAUAGCAUUUUCAAACUAUUCCGCUAUGCUGAGGGAACUUUCAAGCAGAUCAAUUUCCAAAAAUUGGAGCCACAACACUACCUCUCACAUGUUUGGGUGGCUGAGGAUCGCAUUAUUGCUGGCACUGAUACUGGAAGAGUUUGCCUGUUUGAGUCAGCUGAUAUGCGCUGGGAGUUCAAUAUUGCAGAGUUUCAAAGGCAGCAUAACUUCAUGAUGCAUCUCGCUCAAGUUAGCAAUCCCAGAGUCACUGCUAUAGCUGCGUAUUCCAAAGGUUUCCUGUGUGCUGCUGGGCCUGCAACUGUGUAUCAGUUUGAAAAAGGAGAUGAGAAGGAUACCUAUAAGAAAACCAGAGAAAUUAGGAUCCCACAGGAUAUAUUCAGCACAGAUCCAACCCUAUCAGAACAGCAAGAGAUUGUAACUUUGUCUAUUAGUCCAUCGGAAGAGACGCUAAUUGCUACCACCAAUAAGAAUCAAUUGUACAGCAUUAUUCUGUCUUCUACUGAAAUGACCAAGAAUGAACCAACGCACUUUGAGAUUCUCUGUCAAUCCUUCCACUCCAGUGCAAUCACAGGCUUGGGAAUCUGCAUCAGAAAACCUAUCAUUGGGACCUGCUCUGUGGACCGAUCUGUUCGUAUCUGGAACUAUGAGACUAAUUCUUUAGAUCUUUAUAAGGAGUUUCAGGAGGAAGCGUACAGUAUUGCUGUGCAUCCAUCUGGUCUGUACAUUCUCGUUGGAUUCUCCGACAAGUUGCGACUCAUGAAUCUUCUGAUUGAUGAUAUUCGAAGCUUCAAAGAGUUCACAGUUCGAAGCUGUAGAGAGUGUUCCUUUAGCAACGGUGGUCACCUAUUUGCGACAGUAAAUGGAAAUGUCAUUCACAUUUUUGCCACAACGACGUUUGAAAAUAUUGUUAAUCUUAAGGGUCACAAUGGAAAGGUUCGCUGCAUUGUUUGGAGCAUUGAUGACAGCAAAAUUAUUUCCUGUGGCAUGGAUGGUGCAGUCUAUGAGUGGAAUACACUGACUGGAAAACGAGAAUCUGAGUGUGUGCUGAAAUCCUGUAGUUACAAUGGAGUGUGCGUCUCAACAGAUGGGAAAAUUAUAUUUGCAGUGGGUUCCGAUCGAACUCUGAAAGAAAUUUCCGACUCCCAGAUUCUUCGAGAAGUUCCAUCAAAUGAUGUUGUAUAUAGCUGCGUUAUAAUGUCUCGUUCUGGACGAAUGCUGUUUACAGGCACUUCUGGUGGAACGAUCAGAUGCAUGAAAAUCCCACUAUCUAUCCAGAGGGAUUGGAAUGAGUAUCAGGCACAUGCUGGACCCAUAGUUAAGAUGGCCAUUACCUAUGAUGACCAAUACUUGCUGACUGUUUCAGAAGACGCGUGCCUUAUUAUCUGGAAGAUUGUUGAGGGCCGGGGACUGAAACGAGAAAAGGAAAUUGGAUAUGCAGAGGAAAUUUUGAUCACAAAAUCUGAUUUGGAAGAAAAAAACCAACUCAUGUUGGAGUUGAAAACUCGUGUUGAGGAAUUGAAAAUGGAGAAUGAAUACCAACUCCGACUGAAGGAUAUGAACUACAAUGAGAAAAUCAAAGAGUUAACUGAGAAAUUUAUCCAGGAAAUGGAGUCUCUCAAAACAAAGAACCAGGUAUUGAAAACUGACAAAGAGAAGGUUGAGUUAAAACAUGAGGAAGAUGUAUCGGACAUCCUGGAGAAACAGGCCAGAGAAGUCCAGGAUUUAGAAUCUACAAACAAUCAGAAGCUGAUGUUGGAGUACGAAAAGUACCAGGAGCUGCAGGUCAAAUCCAGCCGAAUGCAGGAAGAUUACGAGAGGCAACUGCAUGAGAUGGGUGAGAGUAAGAAUCAAGCAUUAGAAGAGCUAACUGAGUACUAUGAGACCAAACUCCAGGAGAAGAUAGCGCUGCUUGAACAGUUGCAUGAUGAAUCUAGGCAGCAGCUUCGAGAGUUUGAUGAAACAAAAAAACAAAUUGAAGAAGACGGUGACCGUGAAAUUCAGGAUAUCAAAAUCAAAUACGAGCGUAAUCUGAGAGAGGAGAGAGAAACAAACCUCCGUCUAAAAGGAGAAACCGGAAUCAUGAAGAAGAAGUUCACAAGUUUGCAGAAGGAGAUUGAAGACAGGCAGGGAGAGAUUGAGAAACUUAGGACAGAACAUCAGAAAUUGCAAGGAAUCAUCAGAUCCCUGGAGAAAGAAAUUCAUGGAUUGAAGAAAGAAAUUCAUGAACGAGAUGAAACCAUUCAGGACAAGGAAAAACGCAUCUAUGAUCUCAAGAAAAAAAACCAAGAACUGGAGACGUUUAAAUUUGUUCUGGAUUUCAAAAUUAAAGAGUUGAAAAAACAGAUUGAACCUCGAGAAAAUGACAUAAAACGAAUGAAGGACCAAAUACAGGAGAUGGAGCGUGAGUUAGAGCGAUUUCAUAAACAGAACACUCAGUUGGAACUUAACAUCACUGAUCUGAAACAAAAGCUGAAGGCAACAGAAACUGAAAUGCACAGAGAGAGGGAAAAGGUGCGGAAUGUAGAAUCCGUCAUCAAGCGUUUUAAAACUGAUCUAUACCAUUGUGUGGCCUUCAUCCAAGAGCCAAGGAAGCUGAAGGAAAGUGUACGGGAGCUAUAUGAGAAAUAUGUUCCACAGUCUGAUGUGUUUGAAAUUGCAGUCGUUGAUGCAGACAUUCAACGAGAGUUUGGUCGACAAAGGGACCACUUGGAGAGGAGCAUUGCAACCCUGCAGAAAAAGCUAGUGAAGGACACAGAGAUUCACCGCACAGAUAACGUCCGCAUCAUGCAGGAAAACGUUAUUCUAAUUAAGGAAAUUAAUGACCUGAGGCAUGAUCUGAAGGCUGCUCGAAUCCAAGUACAUGAUUUAGAAGUAACUCUUGGAGUCAAGAAAAACAAGAAAAAACCAUGCCCUCUACAAUUCAAAGAUGAUUGUUCGAGGACUGGAGGCAUAAUGCGUCUUAAUUUUGAGAAAGAGGCAGAACGUAUUAUUGAAAUGCAGCGACUUGAAAUAAAACGUCUUCGGGAUCAAAUUCAGCAACAGGAGGAUAUGCGAUCCACUUCUGUUGGAAAGAUAACCUCACUCGUUGUGUAAAAGUUGCUUGGAAUAUAUGUAAGAAGACAGCACAUCAUGAGUUUACCCUGUCACCUUUACUUAACAAAGCAAACAAUUGUCAUAAUUUCUGACAGAUACUUUGUCGUCACUCAGUUUGUCCUUCCUUUCUCUUCUGAACAACGUCACACUGUUAGAAACCAAAGCAGUGACUAGUGUUUUAAGGGUAAACUAUUAAACUUUGUUCUCAUGUUUCCUGAAACCUUUUGUGUAUUAAGUCCCAGUGUACAUUACCUGGCAGCAAAUCAUAUUGUUAUCAUAAGUAAAUUAGUCUUGAUUAAAGGAAUUUGAUAAUUAUAAUUCA